AUGAGAUUCUCUAAUCUUGUCGUUGCCGCCUUUGUUGGAUCGCAGGGCCGGAACGUCGACCUUGCGACUAUGGGUAGCAGUGGCCUGCACCUUUUCAGCCCUCUGACCCCACCAACGGAGCUGGCUACCCCUGUUGAUCCCUCUGAAUCUGUCAUCAUUGACUUGUCCACACAAAAGCUGAAUGCCAAUGAGCUACCAGGUUAUACUGGUGAAAAUGCACCGUUGGAGCAAGGGAUUCGAGAGUGGCUGGUUCCAUCUGCCUUGGCGGAAGAAGCAGGUCCACCAACACAGGAAGAAAUCAAGCUAUUACGAGAGGCGUUUGCAACAUUUUAUGGUGUGGAUCGCGACCUGCAAAAAUCAGAGCAGCUACUGUCCAAAGUUAUUGAAGCCUGGCAGCGUCAGCCGCCUGACGAAAAGGCUGGACUUUAUCGUGUGAGAGGAGAUUGCUACAUGGCCCUUUUGCAACCCCAGAAAGCCGAAAAGGAUUAUGCUCAGGCAAUCGAGUACUUGCAGGGACCAGGCGGCGAGCAAGCUGAUCCGACUGAGUUGCCAACGGCAUUACUUGGAAGAGCCAGAGCUGUCCGUAGCCAAGGCAGGGCUGCAUCCCAAGCGCAACUGGAACAAACAGCCAAAGACUAUCAGCUUUCAUUGAGACUUUCCUCCAAAGAAGAAUGGGACACAGAUGCAGAGAACGAAGAGGAUGGUGCAGGAAGAAACCCGUAUGCAGCGUGGGAAUGGGGAACCGCGCUGCGAAGCAAGGGUGACCUAGCAGGUGCUGCCAAAGUGCACAAGUUAGCUGCGGAUUCCUUCAAUGACAUUGGAGACAAGGCUCGUGCCAUCAUCUCAGAAAUGGACGCAGGCAUUGACAUCGCAGCAUUGGGCAGAACUUCUGAAGCAAAAACACAAAUCACGGCAGCAAUACAAAACAUGAAGAAAAUCGAAGGAGGCGAAGUUGACUUGCUGCAGCGCGUGCUAGCGAAAGAAGGGGAGAGCAGGAUUGCUCUUGCAAGCGUAUUGUGGGACUCUGGUGAUAAACAGGAGGCAGAGUCAAUGCUUGGUAGUGCUUGUUAUCGAAUGGAACAAAUGGAAGCUGACGCCCAAAAACGUUCCAUCAAAAUGCCACCCCCCAAUGCAGAUAGACUCAAGUUUAGCAUUGACGACCAGCAGGGUGUUGGAAUCAGCUGUUCCCGCUUUCGCAAUGAAAAGUUUCUGACUGAAACGAUGAACUGGCCUGAAUCCCUACAAAAGAAAGUCAACAAACUACAAGCAUUGGGAAAGUAACCUAGCUAGCUAAAACUUGAAUCCUUAGCCAAAGUGCUUCGCUUACUUCGUCGUCGUCUGGCAUCACAGCAGCCGGAUAACAUGGGCACUAUCGUGGUUUUGUACAGUACCCCAUCCCCUUUGCUGAAGAUUGUGAGCCACCGAGGAGGUCAAACUCCUACAUGAGAUGUUUUUGGGAACAACCACGAGGACUUGCAGAUCGUUGCUUCUGAAAUCCAUUGCCAGUACAUUGUUUGCUAAACACAGCUAUUAGUACUUCUCGACCCUUACCACAAGUGAACUGUCGACUUGGAGCUCCACCUCUCAGCACACUACAGUUACAUAUAGAUCCUCCGUCUUUCCUCCAAUGUGACCUCUUUAUUUGCACAUUUCAAUAGGGUUCUUGCGCCGUCGAACAGCAACGAUUCUUCCUUGGUCCGAACCUUUUCACCAUUGCUAAACCCACAAACUCUUGCUGUCACUUUCAGUCUCUUCCGUUUCACUCUCUUCAUCCGUUUGCUGAUUGUUCGUUUUGUUUUUGCUUUCACGCUUUUUCAACCCCUCCUGAGAGUCUGCAUCUUUAGCCUGUUUCUGCUGAGUGGUCUCUUUGCUUUCUUUGGCAUGUACUUGUUUCAAAGGUUCAAAAUCACUUGCGUCAAACCUCCAUCGAUGUUCCUUGGCAUACAUUUGCAUUUUGACCUCCAAAAAUAGCACAAUGCACGGAAAGACCCUGGGAUCGUCCUGGAAUAUUCGGUGCUGUUUCUGGCCAUGUAGCAAAGCGCUGCGCAUGUGGAACAUCCAUCGUUUGGCGCCCUGGGCAUUCAUGAUUUUGUUUGCAUUGUUCAAAUGAUGAAAGGUCAAACGGAAGUUUCCACCAUGGUAGAUUUUGC